AUGGGCGGCAACAAAUUACCCGAUCUCAAGGGAUACGUCUGUCUGGUGACGGGUGCCAGUCGCGGGGUCGGCCGCGGCAUCGCACUUGCUUUGGGUGAGUGCGGUGCCACUGUAUACAUCACUGGACGCACACUCAAGCCCAAGGGUGAUGUCAAGGAGGGCGAUGUGGGCGGAAGUCUGGAGGAGACGGCCGCGGAAGUCACAUCGCGCGGUGGGGUGCGCUUGUUUCCUCACUUGCCCUCAUCCGAUUUUCCCUCUGUUGUAGUCGUUCAGCUUUUUCCUCUCUGUUUCGGCACGAAAUGGCAAGGCUCGAUAAUCAGUUCAACCUUCAGUUAAUUAAGACGUAGGUCUUGAGCUUUCCUGUAGAUGAACAGAAGUCGUUUUCUGCAUAAUAUCCGUUUGAAAAUCUAUCCGAGGACCGGACUCGCUUCUCACAGUUUCUCGAGUAAAUGAUCGGGAUGCCAUCACCUGAGCUAUUUAAAAACACCUAACUAACUUCUAUAUAAAAUCGCCAAGCACGCCAGGGCGUGCCUGGAUACUCCAGUAGCUGGUUUUGCUGAUUAUGCCAUUGCCUGCCGAAACGGAAGUAUAUAUAUAUAUAUGACUUGAAAAGCGGGUAUCCCGAGAAAUCUAAUUAGGAAGAUGAAACUCUUUGGGAAACUGCAAGUUGUAUUGUGUUAAUUUUCGAGGCUGGUCCCUCAGCUCGUCGUCAGACUAUCUUAGAAUCUUAGAAUUAUUUGUUAGUCACAGGUAAGAAAUUAACUGUUGUUGCAUUAGCACCUAGUGACUUCAGUUUACAAGAUGCAUGCGUCCGCGUAAUGAAAAUCCGAUAUUCUUCUAUGCACUUAAAAAGAUGCUACAUUAAGUCCAUAAAAUUAUGCAAUGGAUGCGGACUACGUUGUACAUUUCAUGAGGAGCAGUGAUAAACGGAAAGGUACGAUGCUGUAUGAAUGGACACUGCACGGUCUUUAAACAUUUUAUAAUUAAAGUAUGAUUAGAUUUUAAAAAAGUUUCUUCGAGUAUAAAAUAUGAAGAAAAGUAAUUCGCUAUCAAAUAUGUGAAAGAAAGAAUAUUUUAGUUCAUGUUUUUCAUAAAAUAUGUUUGAAUACACAAGACCAUCGAAAAUCAGUGCGAAAAAUGCGUGCUAGUUAAAUAGCCACUUUCUACCGAGUACGGUUUCCAUGGGGGAUUGAAAAGAUGUGCAUUCAAAAGCCAACAUCCUGCCGAAUCCGAAGUACUAUAGGAUUAUGCCGCGGGAUAAUCAAUAUUACAGCCCCAUCUAAGUAAUCCUUCCUAAUGGAAGCAUAUUCCAGAAUUUUCGCCAAAAUGUCAUGAGAUCGGUCACUCACUGUAUGUCUGCAUACCAAACUGGGCAUUUAGGCAGGAUUUAGGGUAAAAAAUAUUACUUCUCAAGUCAGCCAUAAGAAAGUGACUUCUUUUCAUGUCGGAAAAUUAACGACAUUAUAUGUGCUAUCUCAUGAAAUGUUAGUCGGAAUUCUGAAGUAUAUUUUCGAUCCUAAAAGUACUCAAGUGAGGCUGCAAUAUUAAUUAUCGCGCAGCACUGUCGCGAGUUAUUUCAGUCACGCCAGGAUGUCAGCUUUUGAAUGAGGUUUUCUUCGAUCGCAUGCAAAAACUACAGAGCAAAAUAAUGAUUACUUGGGUAGUGGGAAUGUGUCCUAUUGACUUUCGUUGCCUUUGUAAAUUCUGGAGUUUUUAAUAAAUUUACUAAAUUUAUAAAAGACGUGAACAAAAGUUUUCCUUUUUUAAUUAUUUCGCAGCAAAUUACGUCUUCUCAAAAUUUUCUAUUUAUAGAUAGAGCAUCUGUUGGUGCUAAAAGUUUGUGAUCAUGGAGCACCGCAUCAACACGGUUAGUAGUGUUACUUAUAAACUAGACAACCUGAUCCCCAUCCAUUGCAAAAUUUUAUGAGCUCUAUUCAACGUCUUCCUAAAAGCCUAGAGAAACAUGCCAUAGUCCUUUGACGGGAUGCAUACAACAGGUUGGGUAUCUCAUGAAAUGUCAACCGAAAUUCCGAAAUGCGUUUUCGGUUCAAAAAGAUUAAUUAAGUAGGGCUGUAAAACUAGUCAGCCUGUAACAUAAUUUUAUAAUAUUUCGGUUACCUCAGGAUAAUAGCUUUCCAAUGAACAUCCUUUCGGCUGCAUGCGAAACCUACACUCGGUAAAAAACGACUACCUUAGUGGCAAGAAUUUUUCUCAUUUACUUUCGAUGCCCCUCAGUGACCAAUUAUACUUCAUGGAAAACAUGCACAAAAAUAUUUAUUCUUUUGCUCAUUCGGUAGGCAAUUACGUCUUCUUCGAAUUUUAUACUCGAAGGAAGUGUGUAACUCGGUUUCCAAAAACCUUUCUGAUUCCCGAAUAAUUUUGAACCCGCUUUACCGUUGCACUUGGAUACAAGGUUUCCAAACUACAAGCCGUACAUUUUUCGCGUACGGGAAAACACACAUUUCUCUACGGUAAUAAAGGGGAACCAUAUAGGGUUCAUAAACUUUAGCAGCGGAUUUGAUCCAUAUUGUUAACUUUACAAGCCACAUUGGUAAACACAGAUACACGAUGAUUUAUGAACGGCCAUUUCGCGGCAUUUUAAAGUCCCACAAUUAGAAACUUUUUAAAACCGGAUUAUGUUCCUCCUUCGGACAUAAAAUUGGAAGAAGAUGCAAGUUUCUGUCGCAUAAGCAAAAGAAAGAGUAUUUUAUCUAGGUUUUCCUUGAAAUAUAAUUGGACAUUUAGUGGCAUCGAAAAUGAGAGGGAAAAAUUCAUGCUACAUAAGUAGUCACUUUUUACAGAGUGUAGUUUUUGCAUGAAGCCGGAAGGAAGUUCUGUCGAAAGCUUUCAUCCUGAGAUAACUGAAAUAUUAAAAAAUUAUGUUGCAGGCUGACUAGUUUUACAACCCUGCCUAAUUAAUCUUAUCGAACAGAAACCGCACUUCAUAAUGUCGGUUGACAUUUCAUGAGUUAGCCCACCUACUGUAUAUCAUGUAGUUUGAAAACCCGGCAUGCAAGAGUAGCGGCGGCUGCCGCACAAAUUUUCUCGGGCAUCGCAAAGUUUUUAAAGCCAAAAGAUGCUCUCUCUUCAAGUAACAUAUUUGGAGAAGGCCUAAUUUGCUACCAAAUGAAUACAAGGGAGAAUAUUUAUACGCAUGUUUUAUAUAUGGCAUAUUUGAACUUAUAACGCCAUCGAAAAUCAAUGCAAAAAUUCGUACGUCUUAAGUAGUUGUUUUUUGCUCUGUAAUUUGGGCAGACUACCAGAGGAAAUCUCAUUAAAAAGCUGGCGUUCUGGCAUGACAGAACCAUCUUACGGUUCUACCACACGAUAAUUGACAUUACAGCUCCUGCUUAGGCAACCUGUUAGAGUCGAAAAAAUAUUUCAGAAUUUCGACUAACAUUGAAUGAGACAGCACGUCUACGUUACGCGGAGAAUUUCAAAUGACUAGUAUCUUUUGGAGUAACAGUUGUCGCAGGUAGAUGAGAAGGGUUUUCAGAAAUACAAGCAUUCUGGGUUGCAGGAAUUUGUCCAAAAUCAUGCGUGGCCUUCCUUUUAACGCGGCUAUUCUCGGCGUAUUACACCGGAUGCCUCCGACACCGGUAUAUCUUGCGCACGAGAAACAACGUUAAGUGUCUAACCGACAUUUUUGCAGCUUACGUUCUCUUGGCAAUCAACAAGCAAUCAUCGUCUCUCCUUCCAGGUGGCUAUCCCCGUAGUCGUCGACCACUCAGAUGACGCCCAGGUGGUGGACCUCUUUGCGCGCAUUCGUCGCGAACAGAGUGGCCGUCUGGAUCUCCUCGUGAACAACGCCUACGCAGCAGUCGGCUACACUUCCGCCCACCUGGGUAUGGGUUACUGGGAGCUGAAGGCAGAUGACUCGGCCGCAACAGCCUGGGACAUCGUGAACAGGGUGGGCCUGCGAAACCACUAUAUCUGCGCCACUCUGGCCACACGGAUGAUGCUGGAGUAUCGCGGCGAGCUGACUGCUGAGAAUAACGAUAGUGAUGAGGAACCCAGCGGCGAUGGAAAGCAUUCUCUGCUGAGCGACGGCGACGACAAUCAACGUCCAGGCCUUAUCAUCAACAUCUCCUCCUUCGGCGGUCUGAAGUAUCUCUUCAGCGUCACCUACGGUGUGGGUAGGCCUGGUCUCUUUCAUUUCAAGCUUUCCAUGAGGUGUGCGUAAACUGUCCUCGUGCAGGGGAAACUAUUUGGCCUCUAGCACUUUUUGCUGCCCUCGUACGUGGCGGGGAAUUGUUAGCAGCUUUUCUUUUUACCAAAUCUCAUGCUGCUGCUUGCUGUCUGUCCGUCUGCAACUAUCAACCGUCGGCUCGAGAAUGGGACAAAUUUCGAGCCUCGGGACAUGGUUUUGGUGAGGACCGGAUGCAGAGGUUCCGUUGAAUAGGCCUUCGAUCUCUAACCACUGGAGUGAGCUUACUGGCUCGGCUAUGUUUUAAAUCACUUCGCAUCUACAAUCCUAAGGUGUCUAAAGAUCUGGAAAGACUGUUUGAUGCAGCGCGGUUCCGAUAGUAUUCUUGAUAAAUCGACUAGAUCGCCUGUGUAGUAGGCCUGGGUUUUUUAAGUUUUUCUGGUCGCAGGUGGUGUUGGUAUGUGCGACUGUCUGGCGAAAGCGUCUCACCGGCAUGCGAUUGUUUGGCGGACAAACCGCCGUAUGUGAAAAUGUCCGCAACUCAUUUACGUAGUUUUACAAAUGUGAAGCAUUUUGUCCCCUGUACGAAGCUGAAGCCGGCAAACAGGGCAGGAUUUAAUGGCACCAAAAAAUUUCGCGAAGGUUCGUCGGCUGCAUCCUUUCGCUUCAUAAGAUAAAUAACGAGUGAGAAGAAUACAACAGAUUUGCAUUCGUGCAGAAACGACAAGGUCAUGGUUUUGGGUACAUCUGACUAAUCGAUAAAGUUAGUAACUCAAACACCGUAUGGUAAGAAUAGUGGAAAAAGGCGUUAAUGAGCAAAAGAAAGGGGGUAGUGAAAAUCAUGGAGCUAGGGGCUACCAUGGCAAGGUUAGGCUAAUCACGUGUUCCAACUGCUUACAAAGAUCUGGUUUCACCGGCCGUAUAUAGGCCGCCUCCGAGUUGUUCGUGCCCGAACAAGUACCCAGAAGGAAGUUUUAAGGUCGACGGAGUGACCACUGUCAAGCAGGUGUUUUGUAAUGGAGGAACGCGGGAUUGUGUUUUCUUGCUUUAGGAGCCAUUCGGGAAGAUGCUCAAUAGACCUGGCUGCCAACUGCCUUUGCAUUCGCCCAAUGUACUUUUAUCCGCAAGUGCAUGUAAAUUUAUAAACACAAUUUGAAGUGGCGAAUACUGGUGAGACGUCCUUCGUCCGUGGAAUUGGAAGAGGCUUAGUAGGGCUGCAUAAUGCGAGUUCGGCGGGUGAAAACAGAUCUUUGUAAACAGUCGGAACACGUGAUUGGUCUAACCUUGCCAUGGUAGCCUCUCACUUCAUGAUUUUCACUUAACCCUCUUUUUGCUCGUUAACACAUUUAUUCCACGAUUUUUACCAUACGGUGUUUUAGUUACUAACUUUACCGAUUAGCCAGUUUUACCCAAAACCAUGACCUUGCUGUUUCUGCAUAGAUUUUCUAAACGAAUGCAAACCUGUUGUAUUCUUCUCACUCGCUAUCAAUGUUAUGAAGCGACAGGACGCGUCUGACGAACCGUAGCGGAAUUUUUUGGAACCAUUAAAUACUGCCCUGUUUGCCUACUUCAUAUACGUAGCUUGGCACUUGAGGAGCUAGGAAUCAGGUCGUGUGCGAGCCUCGGGACAUGGUUGUGGCGUGGACGGGAUGUACUGGUUCCGUCGAAUAGGCCGUCGAUCUGCAGCCUCUGGAGUGAGCUUACUAGCUCGGCUAUGUAUCGAAUCUGUGCACUUCUGUAAUCUUACGGCGUCUGAAGAUCUGGAAAAACUGUUUGAUGUAGCGCGGUUCCGAUAAUUUUCUUGAUAACUCGAUUAAGGCGUCUGUGUAGUGGACCUGGUAUUUCGAGUUUUUUUCUGAUCGCGGGCGGUGUUGGUGUGUGCGACUGUCUGGCGAAGGCAUCCCACAUUGCCCUUAGAUCCUGCAUUCGAUUGCAUUUACCGGUACCCGUUCGACGGCCAAACUGCCGUAUGGGAGAAAGUGUGCACAACUCAUUUACGUAGCUUGGCACUUAGGAGCUAGGAACGUGUGGACGAAAUGUUCAACUACUGUAGCCAUCAAGACAUGUCCACCCCGAUCGUCUCGAAUCUGUCCUGCCCUCAAAGCAACGUGGACGCGGGAGGGCAGAUUGAGGUUGUAACGCACUACGAGUUUCACAGGCUUGUUUGAAAGAAGUCAGGUCACUUUUGGCGCGGAUCCCGGAUGGAUUCGAUGUAAUCGUCUAUCAGCGAAGAUGGCCAGUUUUCCUUCCCUCCCUAACGCUGACUUCGUCUCCCUCGCUUCCGCCAUCCGACCGCAUCGAAUUUCCCUUUCCGUAAGCUCACUCCCGGUCCUUUAUCUUCAGUUCCUGCAUUCCCCACUGGUGUCUAACUGAUAUGGCGUGACCAUCUCGCCCUCCAAGCGGAUCAUCUGUACAGCAUCUCACCAUUUUCUUGUAUUCCUGACCUUCUACAAUCUUCUACUCUAACGUUUAUUAUCAUAAAAUGAGUUCCAUCUAUUACAGAGCCCUUUCCUCUUCAUCCGUAUUCGCAUGUUUGAUGUGGUGUUUAACAGCCCUGUCAAUGUUGCAUAACCGAGAAGCUACCUUAGAUGGAUUAUUUGACCGUUUGUAUGUGCCAACCUCCACGUCUUCGACCGCUACAAGGUAGAUGCAGCCCAAAUCCACUUCAACCUUGAAAAACUUCACACUGCCUCGGGAGACAGAGGUUGUAGUAGUAGUUUGCAACCUUUUAACUUAUGCUUCUCGUCAGGGCUGUUGUUCUGGUUUGAGUGUGGCAUAAUUUAACCCAAGAUAACGGAUACUUCUAUCUCUCCUUCAUCUUUUUAACUAUACCGCUGGAAACCCAAUUAUAACGGCAAUUUACCAGCAUCUGCUGUUGAAAUAUGGCCCUUUUCUAUUCCAUCAGGCAAGGCUGCUUUGGAUCGCAUGGCUGCCGAUAUGGCUCACGAACUUCGUGAAAAAAAGAAAAAUAUUGCAGUAAUUUCUCUCUGGCCUGGCAUUGUCAAAACAGAGCACAUGGUCCAGACUGCGGAGAAGCGCGGUUUUGGAUCUACUACCUUAGAAAAACGAGGUAAGUGUCCCUUAUCUCUCCUUUGCAUACUGCUGUUCGAGAGCCAUGAAUGGUUCUUCUUUACCUACUGCUAUGCUUAAAGCCAUCGCCAUAGCCUUCGGAAAUCUUCGCCAUCUUUUCUGUCAAUUGGAGGUUAGCGGUGGAUAGUACUAUGUCCCUGUCUAAUUAGUAUUCCCGUUUUCAUCAGAAACCAGCUUAAUCGAAACUUAGAAAAUAUGUAAAAUAUUGGUCGUACGAGUCGGCGUCUUUAUAAAAGAAUACGAUAGCACCUUCCCGCAUGGUUGGCAAAAAGUGAAACUUAGAGAAUAGACAGCGCCAUCCUUGCGCAUGCUGUGGAUUCAGGGCAUCGUGUGAAUGCCGCUGAAGCAUUUCAUGUGAUUUAUCAGGUCCUCUCGAGUCACUCUAAGCUACUGGGCCAGCGCCUGUUAGCAACAACAGAAGCGGCCGCCAUCAGGUCACGAAAACCGACCCUAUGCACCCAGAAGAACCUCGUUCAGGCUCCGCGCUUACCGUUGUCAAGGGUUGGCUAACCACAUACAACUUUCUGCGCCCUUACGCUCCUGCCUAGCCUGUAUUUUAAAACUAACUUUUAUCGAUUUUUUUUGCACUCACUGUACCCCGUCCCAAAUAACUGUACUGGCUUGACAAGAAAUUAUCGAAAUCAACGUUCGCUUGCCACCUUUUCUUCUGAAUAUGUAAGACAGCCCACAUUGAAGGAGACACGAUCGCUUGGACAAGAGUUUUAUUAGCCUGACGUUUCGGAUUCCUGCUCGAAUCCAUCAUCAGAGACAACAGCAGAUACGGGUGACUCACGCACAAGGGGAUUCGGUAUUUAUAGAAUGCAGUCGCAUGCUACCGCAUACCUAUGAACAUUCACGGUUCCCUCGCCAUUCAUCAGGUAUCAUCGCACGUGAUGUGCUAAUUUUUUUAUGGCCGACAUUCGCGUAGUUAACUGCCGCAAUUUCAUCACGCGCGUUGAAUGUUAGUGUGAUAAUUGUUCUACCAUCUGACGCACCGACCCUGGUGUUAAUACAAGUGUUCACAUGUGCGCUCCCGGCGUGGCUUAUUACUCCGCCUAGGCGAAGUCUCACCACGGAGUAUGGAAGGGAAAGUUCAUUGCACUUGUUAAGGGACUGGGAGACAGUAUACCACGAUUCAAGUAGCUCCCGGUUUACGCGGUUGUCCCCUCUUGCGAGAAUUUCGGCCUCGUCAAAUUUGAAUGCGUGGCCGAAACUCGUCGAAUGAGCGCAACUUGAGAACUGGCGUCAUUUCUCCGCACCGCUGCAGCGUGUUCGACCACUCUCGUUCGGAGCUGUCUUCCGGUUUCUCCGAGGUAGUUAUUUGUCCGCAACUGCACCAGAUUCGAUAAACCACUCCAGACGUUUAUAGCACGUGAUGAAUUUGCAGCAAUUAACUACGCGAAUGUCGGCCAUCAAACAAUUAACACACCAAGUGCGUUGAUCCUGGAUGAAAGGGGAGCUGCGAAUGUUCAUAGGUAUGCGGUAGCAUGCGACUGCAUCCUAUAAAUACUGAAGCCCCCUGUGUGUGAAUCACCCGUAUCUGCUGUUGUCUCUGAUGAUGACUUCGAGCAGGAAUCCGAAACGUCAGGCUAAUAAAGCUCUUGUUCCGGCGAUCGUGUCUCCUUCUUCAAGACUACUUCCUCGGACUCGUCUCUUCGCUUCUAUAGCCCACAUUGUUCACAAGCUUUUCAGCAGCAUCGAAGGUCCUAGCUGACAGAAUUAUUUGACGAUAGUUUUUGCUUACAGAGACUUGUGGUAAUAGUGUUUUUUUAUUGGGGACUUGUUUUCCACCAUCCGCCAUCCAGGCCCAAUACCGAGGCUGCAGAGACCCAGCGCUCGAACCUGCCUAUUUAAACACUAAAGCAACCCCCGCCGGUUAGUUAUUGGCUCAUGACAUGUCCUCUGCGAUUGUACACACUCAAGGCCACUCCGGUACGCCCUCCGGUCACAGUGGAGUCAGUGACCGCCACUGGCCUGUUACCCGACAUGACCAUACUACUUACGAAAAACUCCGACGUUACGCGUACUUGACAAUUACCUUUGCAUGCACAAUCUAUAAAGCGGGAAAAUGCAGAAUAAAUCAUUCGCAAAGGAUGGUCUGGCGACUGGGUCCUGUUGUCAAAACAUAAAGCAUCCAUCUGAAUCUUCCUGUCUUUGUCAGUAUACCUCUUCAGAUCACUAACUUAACUGUCUUUCUCGACCUUAAUCUUACAAAACCUCUAUUUUGAACACGGUUUCAAUCGGAUAAAGGACCACACAAAGAUAUUCGUGAACUAACGAAGACGGAUGUGGGCUGUCUCCCUAUGUGUAGUUUGAGUGAGGACGCCCUAUAGGCAGUAACGUGGUGUUAAAUUUAAUUUUGAACGCCUCAACUGAAUGCUCGCAUUCCACUUCCCGCCGCUUACAUCGUGAGCGGGUAUUCGAACUUCUCUGCAGCCAUUGGGCCAGUUUUACGAACCCCUAGUAAGUUCGUGCCUGGAGGGGGCUCGCGAGGUUGUUUGAUGGGUCCACACAACUGGCUGCUGCCAAUCGUCAGUUUAAAAUGCCUUCGGGCGUAUCCUUAGUAUCCAUUAUCGUCUACGAGGCUUUCUUUUAACUCUCCGUCUGUAAUUGUCGGAUGAGGCUGCUGGAGGUCGAAAGAAAGACCCAGGAUUUAAAACACCCACAUUCGACAGUCAUCGUGGACUCUACGGACACAUGUUGAUCACAGGACUCUAUCUGUUACAUUGCACUCCAAAAUCAGUGAAUCGAAUUCGAGUGUUCUUCUUCAUGUUGCCGAAUUUGGCUGAUAGGACGACGUCCCGUGGCUCACCUAUUGGCCUGGAGCGACGGUUAGAGUUUGAGCCCCGCAUACGACGACAUACACAGCUAUCCCGCGAGGUGUGCGCAGGGAUUGACUUGCUGGUGAAUUUGUGUUUACUCAAGCAGGAUUUCACAGCACCUACACCACUUUCUCCUCACUCAUCUACCAUGCUCCGAGGACAGGACAGAGCCAAGAUGACCGGAUGCAUACCCGCGCUCAGUGGCUGACAGAGCUAACCAACCAUUCUACGCGUACCUCACACGACCUGUUCAUCGAGACGUGUAGCGGAAUUUCUCUAAGUCUAGUCUGGACCCCACACCGGUGAGAGUGGCAUAAAGGUCACAUUGAGAAUGAGCCAUUGCAGCCUGACCCUCGGUCCAUGGAAGGACCGCGUUAUUCAGUCGGUUGGCCAUCUUCUAGGCCACGUUUGGUUACAAAACGUCUGUCAGCGAUUUGAAGAUCCCCUCAUACGCGUCGUUCCCAACAAAAUACGUCGAGAAUAUUAGAUACCGUGGGUGACAGAUCAGAAUGAUUUGAUCGUUGGCUGUUCAAGUGUCAAUCCCCCGUCUGUACGAGAUAGGCAUGAGACUCGAGCUGGGAUUGACUGUGCUGGGAAUACUGAACGGAUUUGGAUACUAAUCUGCCCCCUAUCGAGUAACUAAACAAUGAAUUGCGUCUUUUCCUCCUCCUCCUCCUCCUCCUCCUCCUCCUCCUCCUCCUCCACCUCCUCCUCCUUCUUCUUCUCCAUUUAUGGCCUGUUUCUUGACGUUUUUUCGUUCAUAUGACAACAUUCCGACCUGGAUCAGGAAGUAAUGCGCAGACGCAACGCGGGGAAACACUCUUUUGAGAUUCCUAGCACGAUGUUUGUGACAACCUCCUCUCAUUCCUCACCCCCUACCGCCGCUUUCUGUUCUUAGGCGAAUCGCCCGAGCUGACCGGUUUUGUUGUCGCGCACCUGCUCGCCGAACCGAAGAAGCGGCUGCUGUCGCGAUCCGGUCGUGUGCUCUUUGUUGCCGACACCGCACUGGAGAUGGGUAUCCGCGACAUUGACGGCAAACGACCCACCAGCCUGCGCUCAGUGCCCUUUCUUUUGGAGGCCACCGGCCGCAACCGUCUCGCCCGCGUUAUGCCCGAAUUUAUUCGCCUGCCGUAUUCAGCCUUCGACCGAAUGAGCUCCAAGUUCUAG